AUGACAGAGCCGUCCCUCUUGUGGAACACCACCUUCCCCCGCCCAACUUCCUUCCUGCUCACGGGCAUCCCAGGGCUGGGCACCAUGCACGCCUGGCUCUCCUUGCCCUUCAGCUCCAUGUACCUGCUGGCUCUCCUGGGCAAUGCAGCUCUGCUGGCAGUGGUGAAGGCAGACACGACUCUGCACCAGCCCAUGUUUCUGCUCCUGGCUGCUCUGGCUGCCACCGAUCUGGGUCUGGCCUCCUCGGUGGCCCCCGGGCUGCUGGCCAUCCUGUGGCUGGGGCCUCAGCCCGUCCCCUACGCUUCCUGCCUGGCCCAAAUGUUCUUUGUCCAUGCCCUGACUGCCAUGGAGUCGGGCGUGCUGCUGGCCAUGGCCUGUGACCGUGCGGUGGCCGUGGGGAACCCGCUGCGCUAUCCCAUCCUGGUAACAGGUGCCCGCGUGGGUUGGGUAGCCGUGGCACUGGGACUGCGUGCUUUGGCCAUCGUGGUGCCCUUUCCAUUGCUGGUGGCCCGCUUCAAGCAUUUCCGGAUGAGGACUGUGGCCCAUGCUUACUGUGAACAUAUGGCAGUGGUGGAGCUGGUGGCUGGCAACACAAGGGCCAACAACCUCUAUGGGCUGGCGCUGUCUCUAGCAGUAUCAGGCGUGGAUGUAAUGGGCAUUGCAGGCUCCUAUGGGCUCAUUGCCCACACUGUGCUGAGGCUGCCCACCCGGGAGGCCCGGGCCAAGGCUUUUGGAACCUGCAGCUCUCACAUCUGUGUCAUCCUGGCCUUCUACGUGCCCGGGCUCUUCUCCUACCUCACCCACAGAUUUGGCCGAAGAACGGUCCCUCGCCCUGUGCACAUUCUCCUUUCAAACAUCUACCUGCUGCUGCCUCCAUCCCUCAACCCCCUCAUCUACGGCGCCCGCACCAAACAGAUCCGGGACAGGAUCCUCUCAUUCUUCACACCCUGGAAGGGUCAGCUUGGAUAA